AUGGCAACGCUGACAGCCCAGGUCGAUGCCGCCGACUCUUCUAGAAUCAAGGAGAGCGCAGUUGAAGAUGCUAAGGAGACCCAAUCCUUUAUUGCGGAAGAGUGCGCAAAUGAUGGCACAGAGCCGCCAAUUUACGAGUCAAUGGUCCUCAUCGGUAAAGAAAGCUUCGGCAGGGUGUAUAAAGCCCGUGGGUUAAAAUCAGGGCGACUGGUUGCCGUUAAAUUUGAGGAGGGCGACAGCAUUCACCACGGCGGCACGGAUACAUUCGGUGAUAUUUUAAAGGAAGCUAACACACUGAAACUUCUCAACAAUAGAGGAGCGAAAAAUACCAAUCGGCUUCUUGAUACCCAUUUCGCUGGCCAAUCUGUUUGGACGAUUACUGAGUAUUGUGCUGGCUGUAGUGUCGCUACUCUGAUGAAACCAACUGGGGGAUUGCCAGAGAAGUGGAUUAUGCCGAUUUUGCGAGAGUACCAAUCUGCUAAUGUCCUCAUUACCGACAUCGGAAGCGUUCAACUCUGUGACUUUGGCGUCGCCGGGAUAAUCGAGACCAAGUUCGAUAAGAGAAGCACUGUUACGGGCACAAUCCAGUGGAUUGCCCCCGAGCUAUUUACCUCCUCAGCAUCGUACGGUAUUGAGGCUGAUAUUGGGGCCUUUGGAUCAAUGGCUUACGAAGUGGCCACCGGACUUCCGCCUAAUGCGGCCGGCCCAGUUGAUAUGGCGAACUUUGGCUCACAUCUUGAACAGAACUGUCCACGGCUCGAAGGAGACCAAUACUCGCCUCAUCUUCGAGAUAUUAUUGCGUUUGGCAUGAUCCAAGAUCCGGCUCAACGACCUAGUAUCGAGCAGCUUGUCAAGGCCUAUAGACUUUGGGAGAUGCAAGGUGGAAGUAGGCAGUCCCUCUUAUCCGCAGGCGGUGCGCAGGGGCCUGCAAACAUUUCGUCAUCUGCUCCUCUGAACGAUGAGUGGAUCUUUGAAACAUUGGAUGAGGCUCGCGAAGUAGACCGCGGCGGAGAUGCUCACACUGUUCGGAAUGCAAAUGGGCCGGACGUCCACUUCCUUUGGCAGCCACCAAAACAACCCGGGCGACGUCGGCAACCGAACGUUGUGAUCUUGACACCUCACUCGACGGGAACCACUUGUCGCAGUUCGUUGAUAUGGGGACAAUCAGAGGAGGUCAUCGGUCAGGCCCCGAUGAAGUAUACCAUCUCAGUCGUCGCCUGA